GGGAUGCAGCAGCAGCGAUGGUUCUCAGUCUGACUCAGGAGUAUCUGCAGAUCCCCGUGGUGACUCGGACGUACACGACAGCCUGCGUCCUCACCACCGCCGCUGUGCAACUUCAAGUUAUCAGCCCGUUCCAGCUGUACUUCAACCCAGAGCUCAUCAUCAGCAGAUACCAGAUAUGGCGUCUGAUCACCAGCUUCCUCUUCUUUGGCUCUCUUGGAUUCGGUUUUCUAUUCAACAUCAUCUUCCUCUAUCGGUACUGCCGCAUGCUGGAGGAGGACAGUUUCCGAGGAAGAACGGCAGACUUCGUCUUUAUGUUCCUGUUUGGAGGAAUCUUCAUAACUCUGCUGGGUCUGUUUGCCGACAUCAUCUUCCUCGGCCAGGCCUUCAUCGUCAUGCUGGUCUACGUCUGGAGUAAAAGGAACCCGCUCAUACCUGUAAACUUCUUCGGCCUGCUGAGCUUCCAGGCUCCGUUCCUCCCCUGGGCGCUGAUGGGAUGUUCGCUGCUGCUGGGAAACUCUGUUGCCGCCGACCUCCUGGGAAUUGCCGUCGGACACGUGUAUUACUUCUUAGAGGACGUGUUUCCAAACCGGCCGGGAGGAAGAAAGCUGCUGACGACACCAGAACUGCUACGGGUCAUGUUUGAUGGACCUGAAGGACGCGACCAUCACCUCCUCCAGGAGGAGCAGCAGGAAAGAAGAGAUCUGUAGCAGGUUUAGGAGCAACACAGCUAAGAACUCUGGAGCUGCUAAAAUCAGGAGCAAACUGCUUUCUGAAAGGAGCUGCAAAGGCUGGAAAAAGCUCAGACUCAUCUAUAAAAUAACAAGGUUUCCAAAAAGUUCUCAGGUUAAAAUAGUUCCAGACUUUCUUUCUUUGGGACAUUUUUA